AGCUUCUAAUCCAGACUGUAUGGUACGUGGGCUGGUCACAAAAAUCCCCAUGUGGUCCGACAUCAUUGACAUGGCGGAAUCCCCCUCCAAACCCUCCUGCUAGUUAUUCCAGAUCGCUCGCUCAGCCAGGCGGGGAUUUACCGGACCGCUCGCCUCCCUCCGGAGAAACGCGCGCGCACACACACCCCGGGCGGGUAUUUCAUCUCUCGCGCACCCCCAUUUCCAGCACAAGGAGGUCCGCUGUGGAAAAUUCUCCAUGAAUGUACGUCACAAUGAUGAUGACCGACCAAAUCCCACUGGAGCUAUCAUCAUUGCUGAAUGGGGAGGUAGCCAUGAUGCCUCACUUAGUCAACGGAGAUGGAACGCAGCAGGUGAUUUUUGUGCAAGUCAAUCCAGGUGAAACUUUUACAAUAAGGGGUGAAGAUGGAACUCUUCAGUGCAUUCAAGGACCUGCAGAGGUUCCCAUGAUGUCGCCCAAUGGAUCCAUUCCUCCUAUACACGUGCCUCCAGGGUAUAUAUCACAGGUAAUAGAAGACAACACGGGUGUUCGAAGGGUGGUGGUCACACCUCAGUCACCGGAAUGUUACCCGCCCAGCUAUCCUUCUGCCAUUUCUCCAACCCACCACCUUCCGCCAUACCUUACCCAUCAUCCACAUUUCAUUCAUAAUUCUCAUACAGCUUUCUACCCACCUGUUACUGGGCCUGGAGACAUGCCACCCCAAUUUUUUCCUCAGCAUCAUCUAUCCCCCUAUGGAGAGCAAGAAAUUAUAUAUGGAAUGUCUAAUUACAUAAGGGAAGAUCAAUACAACAAACCACAGCACAAAAAAAUCAAAGACAGGCAGAUCGAUCGCCAGAACCGUUUGAACAGCCCUCCUUCAUCCAUCUACAAGACCCAUCUGGUAAACUGUACAACGGUGUACAAUGGUACUGUCAAGACACACAACGGCGCUGCGAAUGGGGGAGCUAACAGCGGAGGACUCGGAGGUGGAGGAGUGCCUGCUUUGAAGAAAACAGAACGCCGAUCAAGAAGCAGCCCCAAAUCGAAUGAGCCAGAUUUGCAUGAAUGUGACACAGAAACAAAAAGGGUUCAAGAUGUUCUUUCUGGAAUUGAGAAACCACAGGUUACAAAUAUUCAGGCAAGAACAGUUUUGUUCACUUGGUCUCCUCCAAAUGGCCUUUUAAGUGGAGAUAGACAAAGCAAUGGUUUGCCUUAUACCUGUACUUACGAAGUUGCCUUAUCAGACAAAGGGAGGGAUGGAAAGUACAAAAUGAUAUACAGUGGAGAAGAAUUGGAAUAUAAACUGAAAGACCUUAGGCCAGCAACAGAAUAUCAUGUCAGGGUAUAUGCAGUGUACAAUUCAGUAAAAGGAUCUUGUUCAGAGCCAGUAAGCUUCACAACUCACAGCUGUGCUCCGGAAUGCCCCUUUCCACCCAAACCUUCACACAGGACCAAAAAUUCCCUGACUUUGCAAUGGAAGGCCCCUAUUGACAAUGGUUCAAAAAUCACCAGCUAUCUUUUAGAGUGGGACGAGGGAAAAAGAAGCAAUGUUUUCAGAGAAUGUUACUUUGGGAGCCAAAAACAUUACAAGGUGACUAAGCUCUGCCCAGCUGCAGCUUACACAUUCCGAUUAGCAGCUCAGAAUGAAAUAGGCAUUAGUGGCUUUAGCGAAGAGGUUGUGUGCUACACAGCAGGCAAUAUUCCACAAACCCCUUCCGCACCAAGGCUUGUACGUGCUGGAGUCACAUGGGUCACCCUGCAAUGGAAUAGAGCAGAAGGUUGCACGCCGGAAGAAGUGAUUACAUACACGCUAGAGAUUCAGGAGGAAGAUAAUGAUAGUGUGUUUCACCCAAAGUACACUGGAGAAGACCGGACCUGUACUGUGAAAAACCUUAAAAGAAGCACACAAUAUAAAUUCAGGCUAAUUGCCUCCAAUGUAGAAGGGAAGAGUAGUCCUAGUGAUGUCUUGGUCUGCACAACAAGCCCUGACAGGCCAGGCGCCCCCUCAAGACCUGUUGUGAAAGGGCCGAUCACAUCUCAUGGCUUCAGCGUGAAAUGGGAGCCUCCUCAGGAUAAUGGUGGUUCGGAAAUUCUGAAUUAUCUGUUAGAGAUUUCAGAAGGAAGCUCUGAAGCAAAUCAAUGGGAAGUGGCAUACAGAGGAUCUGCUACAGAAUGUAUGUGCACAUACUUGAAGCCAGGCACUUUGUAUAAGCUCCGGGCAUGCUGUAUUAGCACUGGUGGACACAGUCAGUGUUCUGAAAGUUUACUUGUUCAUACUUUAAGCGUUGCUCCGGGCCAGUGUCAACCACCCAGAGUUGUUGGGAAACCAAAGCAUAAAGAAGUGCAGCUGCAGUGGGAUGCUCCCCCUGUGUCAGAAAGCAGCUGUCAUAUCUCAGCUUACAGCGUGGAAAUGACUGGGCCUGAAGAGGCUGUUUCAGAGGUGUACCAUGGUCCGGACCUCGAGUGUACCGUCAGCAACCUCCUCCCUGGGACAACCUACCACUUCAGAGUGAGGGCUUUGAAUGAUGGAGGGGUAAGUGAGCUUAUCCAAACCUGCUUCUAGAAUAAGAUAAGUGUGUCAUGAGCACUACAAAUUUGUUUACUGCAUUUAAAGCCUGCCUGUCUGCCUGCCUCCCUCCUUUCCAAAGAGCCCAAGGGGGCAUCACA